ACUCAGAAAUUAGUCACAAACACAGGACGUGCAAAGCAUGUCUACUUUGUUCUCAUGCUUAUAAAUGGCCAUAUCUAUCUUAGUAGAGUUAUAAACUGCAAAUUGAUCAUAUCAUGGCAUACAAGAGAUGUGGGAUGGAUUCAUACACAGGUUUAAUACCUUAUAUCCAUGGUGUAGUUAAGAGAAGGAAGUAUCUCCAAGGAUUUCAAAGGCUCAAGACAGGGAAAAUCCUCUCUACUUCUGACGAAGAACGGAGACAUACUCACAAUCGUCUCUCACAUAUGGAGCUAUCACUUUCUCAUCGUCUCUUCAACUCUUCUUCAUCACUACCUUCGCUAUUCAAUUCAAGAAUUAAGCUUUCACAAACCCAUCUCUUCUCCUUAAACAAUCAUCACCAAAAGUUGCAAUUUUUCACUGGUUUACACCACAAACUAGCUGCUUCAAUGGAACCUCAAACAACGAUUCCUCAUGCUUUCGAUAAUGGGUCUUCCAUAACUUCCUCUGAAACAGGUCGAAUUGGGGAAGUGAAGAGGACUACGAAAGAGACGAAUGUGCAUGUGAGGAUAAACUUGGAUGGAACUGGUGUUGCGGAGAAUAAUUCUGGGAUUCCAUUUCUUGAUCACAUGUUGGAUCAACUCGCUUCACAUGGGUUGUUCGACGUGCAUGUAAAAGCUACUGGCGACAUUCACAUCGAUGAUCACCACACAAAUGAAGAUGUCGCACUUGCCAUUGGAACUGCAUUGUUGCAAGCACUUGGAGAUAGAAAGGGAAUCAAUCGCUUUGGUGACUUCUCAGCUCCAUUGGAUGAAGCUCUGGUUCAUGUAUCACUGGAUUUAUCAGGAAGGCCACAUUUGAACUUUGAUGUACAAAUACCUACUCAGAGAGUUGGAACAUAUGACACUCAGCUGGUGGAACACUUCUUUCAGUCCUUGGUCAACACGUCUGGAAUGACGCUCCAUAUUCGACAGCUCGCUGGAAAAAAUUCUCAUCACAUCAUUGAAGCAACUUUCAAGGCGUUUGCUAGAGCUCUUCGGCAAGCAACUGAAUAUGACUUGCGUCGUGGUGGAAGUGUCCCCAGCUCAAAAGGGGUUUUGUCUCGAUCUUGAAAUACCUAUUAUCGCAAAGAUUCAGAUUCUUUGAGCAAAGUAGUUAACCACACUGCUGUUCUACAAGGUAUAUCAUAAUUAUUGGAAGCUCUGUAGUAGAAGAAGGUGGAUUGAAAUGCAUCAAACGCUUCUCUGGCUCUUUCAAGAAAUUAUUUUGAUAUCGACGAAUGCUACUAGAUGAAUGGAAUUGCGGGCAGCUACUUACAGUAUUUUAGCUUUUAUAUUUGAGAUAUUGGAGGCUUUACUGGUGAAGAAGGGCAUUUGGUUUUUGAUUUGGUUGUAAACCUUUUUUAAAAAGCAAUGGUCAUUUCCAUGUUUUAUGACCUAUGUUCUUUAAGUUGCCUAUUACAAGGAUGGUAUUUAAGGAGGAUAUAUGAAAUAAAAUGAAGUUUCUCUCUCUCCCUAAA